UAAGUAUAUUCGUUUUGCAUAUGCUCAGUUUUGAUUUCUUAUUGGCUAGGGUUCUUAGGAAGAACGCGCUUUCAAUCCGGAGCCAGGGAUCCAAAUUCAUGGGCAACAGUAGCAGCAGAAGAAGACGACGCCACCACCACCACCAGCAGCAUCCGCCAGGUCCGAUCUAUCCCCCGCUCCCUCCUCCUCCGCCCGGCUAUCACACCGAGGUCGCUCCUUGCCCCCAUAUGGUCUCACCAUACUACUAUCGUCCUCCUCGCCCCGGGAGCUAUUUCUUCCAGCAGCAGCAAGGAUAUUACGGGCCUCCAGCGCCACCGCCUCCUCCGCCAAGGCUUCCCGCUCCUCCUCCCCAGCUCUUCCUGCCAGCGCCGCGGACUCCCCUGCCUUGGAAUGGAUCUACUGCCAUUGUUCCAAGCUCGUCAGCUCCAGCUCCAGCUCCAGUGCCCGUUCCAGAGUACCAGACCGCCAACACGGUCAGGAACGAGGUAAAUCUCAACAAAGGAACGCUGCGGCUCGAGAGAGACGAGGCCAUGCCUGGCAAUCAUGUCGUAGCAUUCUCGUUCGAUGCCACCACUUCUGGAAGUAUCACUGUGUUCUUCCUGUCAAAGGAAACUUCCAAUGGUAGCGUGGUAUCUCUCAGUAAGAUGUUUCCAGCGCCUACCAGGCACCACUUCAAGAGUGGACUGGGCCAGAAGUUUAAGCAGGAAUCUGGCCUCGACUUUUCUCUCAUCGACGAGCAAGAUCUCUCGCAGCUCGGCACGGACAACGUCUACCCUCUCAUCAUCCGGAUCGAGACGACUCCAAAGAAUCCACCACCCGACGCUGCCGAAUCCCCCGAGCCCGUGGGUGGAGCACUCAAGAAGUGGAUCCACUGUCAACAGACGUAUGCCGUGAUACGAAAGAUUGAAAGAGACGGGGACGAGGGUGAGCUCCAAGUUCGAGUUGUUAAGCAGAUCAUCUGGGUGGAUGGCGUUCGCUACGAGCUCCAGGAGAUUUUCGGGAUUGGUGGCAGUGAAGCGAGCAACAACAGCAGCGAUUCUUCUGGGAAAGAAUGCGUGAUUUGCUUGUCCGAGCCCAAGGACACGACUGUCUUGCCGUGCAGGCAUAUGUGUAUGUGUAGCGAUUGUGCCAAUGUGUUGAGACACCAAACAAAUUUAUGCCCGAUUUGCAGAUGCCCGGUUGAAGAACUUCUACACAUCAAAGUUUGAGAAAGAGAGGUUUUGUCUUUCGUGUAUGUAAUGUAAAUAAAGAGCUUGACAAUUGGUUUUC